AUGACGCAGGACCCCGCUGACCCCCUCUCCGCCGCCAGCCCCUACAACUAUGAACAGCCCCUUCCCCCUGUGGCUCGGACCAAUGCCUUCACCCAGGUGGCCCCUGCCAAGAAGAUAACAUUUUACAAGAGCGGGGACCCUCAGUUUGGAGGAGUCAAGAUGGCCAUCAACCAGCGAAGCUUCAAGAGCUUCAACGCGCUGAUGGACGACCUCUCCCACAGAGUCCCCCUGCCUUUUGGGGUGAGGACCAUCACGACCCCGCGAGGGAUACACUGCAUCAGCACCCUGGACCAGCUGGAGGACGGAGGGUGUUACCUGUGCUCCGAUAAGAAGUACGUCACGCCCAUCAGUAUUGGUCCCGCCGGCCGGAGAGCAGCUCCUCAGAAGGUCGGCCAGCCGGCCAGCGCAUUGCGGAGGGCGGCCCAAGACAUCAAGCGCGAAGACAACCCGGCCACUUUCGCCCAGCAGAGUCCGAGGAUUCCCAAGAAAGUCACUCUGGUGAAGAACGGGGAUGUGGGCACCAGGAGGCCGAUAAUCCUCAACCGCAGGAACGCACGGAGCUUCAAGACUCUCUUGGACGAGAUUUCGGAGAUCAUGCAGUUCACGGUGAAGAAGCUGUACACGUUGGACGGGAAGAGGAUUGACAACAUGCAAGCUCUGUUGCACUGCCCCAAUGUCCUCGUCUGUGUGGGGAGAGAGCCCUUCAAACCCAUCGUGGUGGAAAACCCCAGGAAGCCCUCCUCAGAGAAGCUGCCCGGUCUACCUUCACAGUCCAACAGCAGAGGCAACGUUGGCGAAAACCACGAAAUGAACUUUGGACUCAAAGCCAAGAAAAGCGUGAUCCACCCGCGGUCGGCCUUGAGCAAUCGCUCCGCGAGAUUCUCUUUGUCAUCGGAAAAAUCCUAUCCAAAUGGCCUCGUGACAUCGCCGGAGAACGGCGCCCCCUGCUUGAGCCACUGCCCGCACUCCAAAGCGGGCAACCUGGUUCAUUCCUUGGUCAACGAUGACAUCGAGAAGAGGGUGCACGUGAACAAAGAUGGCAGCCUGUCCGUUGAGAUGAAAGUCCGCUUCCGCCUGCUCAACGACGAGACGCUCCAGUGGUCCACACAUAUCCAGAAGUCCAGUCUGAGGGUCAAGGUGCCCUGUGAAGAGAUGGGCAUAGACGAAGACAAUGGAACAGACCCCACAGAGAAAGAGAACCCGGAGGUCAACUCUGAGGUGGAUGACUCAUUAUAUCCCUGCGAUGCCGAUUCCUACAUCUCGAACCUUGACAUGUCUGAAAACGAGGAGGCGUGUUGCCACAAUUGUGGCAAGCCAUGCAAAGAGUAUGACAUUUGGAAGAACCCCAUGCAUGCUUCCCAGAAAGAGGAGCCAUGGGUGAAGAACACUUGGUACACCCACUCUUCUUGCUCGAGCACGUCGUCCCACCGUAGGGUCAUCCGCAAAAAGACGGCCUCCAUCGAGAGCAGCCGCACCUCAUCCAGCGGAGAAGAAUAUUCCAAGCAUGUCGUACGGGAAUCCUCUUGCUACUCGGAGACUGUAGAGAACAGGGUAGAAUACCGUGCGGUGCAAAAAUGCCGUUGUCGACACGGCCAGAGCAACACGAGCAAAAGGGGGUCACCCGUGGAAAUGGAUUCUGCAGCUUGCUUAGCCAAUUCCCAAAAUGAGGACAAUUCCAUGGCGACCACAGAAGGAACGGAGGGCAACAGCAGCAGGGCGGGGAGCAGCGGGUCAAAAUCGUCUCGCUGUUCCGCGGAAAGCCAGAUCAAAGUGUGCGAGGAGAGCAGCAGCAUGGUGAGGACCAUCUCCUCCCGUAGCAUCAAGGCGAGGGAAGAGGUUGACUUGGAGGAGGACAGCUGCCCGUCCUCUCCAAAGAGCGCCUACAGCCAAUCCAUUCAGCGGACAACACCUGAGACAAGGGACAACCCGGAUGAGCUUUCAGAAGACUCUCAGCCAAUCUCUUCGUUCUCCGUGGAGGAAGAGGCAGACAAGGAACAAGAGGAGACCAGCGAAGUUCAUUCCGCCUUGGAAAAUGUGGCGUCCAACCAAUCGGUCAGGGAUGACGUCAGCGAGUGCGGGAGGUGCUCCACAGAACAGUCCUUCCGUUCCAAAGCUUGCGAUGGGAAUAGCCAGAGAGAAGACAGCAACGAAACACAGGUGUGCAGCGCGGCAGCUUCCUCUUCCUCCAGGAGGAGCAAGCAUAGCCACAGUCACCGAGAGGCAGGCGCCAAAGUCUCCAGGGUGUCCACCAUCAAGAAAAAGAGGACAAAAAGGUCUCUGCAUGCAGAAGAUGCACGGUCGAGCAGCAGGGCCUCUUGCUACUCCAAAAGCUCCCCAGAGAUGGAGGGGAGAGAGGGAGAAUGCCAUGCAUCUCACCACUCAAGCUCUCCUCGUUCCAACGUGUCGUCCUUAAGCGAAGCGGCGGCACCUCCCGCCAACAACGUAGAGAGUGCAAGUAGCUCUUCCAGGCAUUGCAGCCAGUCCUCCAAGAGCAUCCACGAGGGCGGCCAGCCGGAUUCCUCCAGCAAGGAAUCAUCUCCUGGCUCCAGCUUCUCCAAUUCCAACGGGAAAAAUGGAACCGACAAGGCAUCAAGGCCGGGGAGCGUGUUCGAAUCCACGUGCUCCAAAUGUGGUUGCACAGCAGCAGCGAGAAACAAAGGCCUUGGGAGCAUCCAGUCGAUUGUGUCUUCCCGUUCGGAGAGUAAAUGCGCAGAGACAGAGGCGUCAGGGAGGAGCGAGCAUGCUGGUUCGCAGUCGAGCGUGGCGCAGUCCUCGAAGCCGAGGAGGAAGAAAAGCAGCCUCCAUUCCAACGCAGAAUGCUCUAGCCAAGCUUUGGCGUCAGAGUCUGCGUCCAUGUACAGUUUGCACUGCCCAGCUCCCCCGAAAGGGAAGCCGAGCGGCAAAAGAAGUCGGUCUGCAGUGCUGAAGAAGAAAUCGAACAAUGCCAGUGCCGCUGGGUCGGAGCCAACUGUGAGCAAGGAGGAAGAGGAAGCAGCCCAUUCGCAGCCCACUGAAAUGGAGGAGGAGAACGGGCCAGGGGAUCCUUCUGAAGCGCUGCAUAACGAGGCAGGAGAGGCUGAGGUGGAAGGCGAUGAGGACAUCAUCCCUUCUUCUCUUCCCAACACUUCUCCGGAAGAAGUCGUGCACGAGUGGUUGAGGAAGAUCCCCUCAGAGACUCUGCUGAUGAAAUGCGAGAUGCAGGAUGAUGGAGACGGCACAGAACUGGAUGCUGAAAUGCCCAGUUGCUCAAACAACCAGGAAUCGUUGGGAGAGGAGCUGGAAGGAAAGAAAGAAGAGGAGGAGAAGGAAGAAGAAGAAGAAGUGGCAGCUGAGGAGGCAGUUGAGGAGGGGGCCGUUGAGGAGGGAGCCGACGAGGAUCCUAAUGACGAGGCAGCUUCCAAAGCGGUGUCAGAAGAGGCUAAGGCAGGCCAAGCAGAAUGCAACCACUCUGUCAUCUCCAGCCAGAACAACCACAAAAAGGACUUGCCCAGCACCAUCCAGACCUCCGUGCAGAUCAUGAAGGCGCUGUUGGCUUCCAAGCAAGAAGCUAAGCUGGACCGUUCACACAGCUUGCCCGAAGUCUCCCCUACGAUGGGUAGAAAGCUCAGCAACUCGGCAAACAUUCUGAUCACCUGCCUGGCUAGCUUGCAGAUCCUUGACGAAGAGCUGGACCCCUCAAGCAAGUCCAGCAAGUGCCUGAACAGGCCAAGGUACACGGAGCUCUUGAACAUCUUCCAGGCUCUCUGGUUUGGGUGCACGUCAGAGAAAGGGGGCACGAGCUCAGGCCUCCAAGGAGAGGCCCCUGAAAAAGUGCCCUCCACUUUCAAGGACCGUAAAGACGGCGACUUCACACCCUUGUCCUCUUCUGGAGUGGAUGUGAGCAGUGGCGAUGGAGGCUCAGGAGAGGGGAGUGUGGCUGGUGCCCGAGACUGUGCCUUGUCUCCAGAGAAAACGAACGGAGCCAAACCCACCAAAGAAGAGGCGAAAGAGGAGGCAGAGCAAGGGGGAGGCUGUAGUGAGGAAGAGGAAGAGGAGCAUUCCCAGACUUGCUUAAAAUCUGAAGAAGAAGAAAAGGCAGCCUCUACUGGAGGAGAGGACAUGACAGAAACCAACGAGAACCAGGGCAGUGACGUUGGCGAGGAAGAGGAGGAAGAUAAAGAAGUUGUUGAAGAAGAAGAAGAAAUGGAAGACGUUGAGGUGGAACAGGCAGAAGCUGAUGAUGCUGAUGCAGACCCUGUUGAGCAGACCCAAGAGGACCCUGCUAUCCAGGAAGUAGAAGGGAGUCCCAGUCAAGAGAACGCUGAUGAAGCGGCUGAAGAGCCAAGCGACGAUCAAGAGAAUGUUGAAGUGGCUGAAGAGCCAAGCGAUGAUCAAGAGAAUGUUGAAGUGGCUGAAGAGCCAAGCGAUGAUCAAGAGAAUGUUGAAGUGGCUGAAGAGCCAAGCGAUGAUCAAGAGAAUGUUGAAGUGGCUGAAGAGCCAAGCGAUGAUCAAGAGAAUGUUGAAGUGGCUGAAGAGCCAAGCGAUGAUCAAGAGAAUGUUGAAGUGGCUGAAGAGCCAAGUGAUGAUCAAGAGAAUGUUGAAGUGGCUGAAGAGCCAAGCGAUGAUCAAGAGAAUGUUGAAGUGGCUGAAGAGCCAAGCGAUGAUCAAGAGAAUGUUGAAGUGGCUGAAGAGCCAAGCGAUGAUCAAGAGAAUGUUGAAGUGGCUGAAGAGCCAAGCGAUGAUCAAGAGAAUCUUGAAGUGGCUGAAGAGCCAAGCGAUGAUCAAGAGAAUGUUGAAGCAGCUGAAGAGCCAAGCGAUGAUCAAGAGAAUGUUGAAGUGGCUGAAGAGCCAAGCGAUGAUCAAGAGAAUGUUGAAGCGGCUGAAGAGCCAAGCGACAACCAAGAGAAUGCUGAAGAGCCAAGGAACAAGCGAACCCCAAGCGAGUGUCGAAAACAGCUGGUGGAUGAGGCAGAAGCUGACACAGUAUCCAGCAACAUAGCUUCUCGCCAACCCACAGCAAAAGCUUCCCUCAUCACCCCACAGAAAUCUAUCGACCCCGACCCGGUUUGGGUGCUAAAGCUUUUGAAGAAGAUCGAGAAGGAAUUCAUGGCUCACUAUGUCAGCGCCAUGAAUGAUUUCAAGGUGAAGUGGAACUUGCCAAAUAGUGAGGAGUUGGACUUGAUGAUUGCACAGCUGAAAGAGGAAGUGAGUCGGAGGAUCCAAAAGAGUAUCGAGAAAGAGUUAGGGAAAAUCAAAAGCAGGGCGGGCAGGAGGGUCCCGAGGCCUCCGGACGAGCAGCUGCGCCGCGAUUCUUCCAUCCUGCAAGUGGAAAACCGAAGGCGCCGUUUGCAGAGCAUUCACAAAAUGUCCCUCUACAAUGACCGCAGCAAGCCGCGCGAGACAAGGGAAUUAGAUGAGGAAUUAGAUUUUUUCAGUACGACCAUCAGAGACGAUGUAAGUGACCCCCCUGGGGAAGAGGAGUACUGCCCUUGCGAUGCCUGCUUCCAGAAGAAAAUGGAGGCCAAAGCCCUGCGGUCUCGAGGGCCGGUGGUGGCAGCCAAUGCCCCCAUUGUGAAGGCCUUUGACCUACAGCAAAUCUUGAGGAUGCAGAGAGGCAAGGCAGAAGAAGACAUUGCAGAAGAGGAAGCAGAAGGGGAGGCCAAUGAAGCUGAGGCAGAGCAGGAAGUGUUGGCUGAUGUGGAAGAAGUAGAGCAGGAAGUUACCGAAGGUGAAGCAGUAGAAGCCCCAGCAGAUGAGGAGGAAGAAAAUCAGAACUGUGAGGAAGCCGAGGGGGAGGAAACUGUGAACGAAGAAGCAGAAGAAAAGGGGGAGGAGGAAGCAGAGGGAAAAGGGGAGGAGGAAGAGGAAGUUGCAAUGCAAGAAGAAGAUGAGGAAGUGGGAGCCAAAAGUGAAGGAGAGGGGGAAAUGAAUGAGGAGGAAGAGGCAGUAGACGAAGAAGAAGCAGCUGCAGAGGAACCUAAAACGGAAGAUGAAACUGAUGGUGCGGCAGCCGAUCCAGAGGCAGCUGAAGGAGAUAACGAACCUGAAUGUGCAGCAAAUGUUGACGAUGGCGAGGUCUCUGAGGCACCAGCAGAAGCGGAGGAGCAGCCUCCGGGAGACGGUGCAGAAGAGGAUGAGGGCGAUGCCGAGCCAGAGGCAGGAGCGGAAGAAGCAGGAGAAAAUGAAGCAGAGGCAGCCGAGGGCAGCGAACCUGUGCAGGACGAUGGCAGUGAAGACCCCAGAGAAACAGAAGAAGGAGCCACCGAGGGGGCAGAGACCCAGAGAAAAAGCUCCGCCUUCUCCUCUAUGGGAAAUUGUUCCCAGCAAUCGCAGAAAGGGUCUGAGGAGGGGAGUGGCGAAGAAGAAGAAGACUGUAAGGAAUUGGAGGACGGUGGUGGUGGUGGUGAUGAGGAUGGAGAGACAGAAGGCAACACAGAGGCCAAACCCGCAAAGAUGUACCCAGAUAAUGUUGUGGACGACCCCUCCCAUCAUGAUGUCAUGGAGACUGAGAUCAGGUGA